AUGGACGGGACUCUGACGGGUAUUAUGAAAUGUCUUUCGAUUCAGCCACCUGGAUCUGAUCCAGAUAUCGAGUGGCGAGAUUUGUCCAUUCCCCACGUCCUGGAUUUCUGGCCACAUUAUAUUAUUGCACAGUACACUUCCUCCAAUGAUUUUCUGUCGUCGUCGCACGAACGACCACGCUUGGAUCGAUCAACUUUUGACAAACGGUCUUCAGAUCUCCGUCUGCUCCUUUGGGCUAUGUGCAGAAGCCAAGGCUGGAUUGCGGCUCCAUUAAUACCUUCCGAUUCCUCUAACGAGAAAUCUUUCGACAUAAGAGGAAGGGCAUUUGCUUGGAAGGCAGCUGGAGUUCUAGAUCGGAAAUUGUGCGUCUGA